AGGGCGCCAAUUGCAAGCAUGCGCUGCGCGUGACGAUGAAAUAGAUAGAUUUGAUAGACGACCAUCCGACUCGUUCCACAGCUCCCGCACGUUCGCAGUGAGCCAGAGACCCGCCGCAGCCGGGCCUGAGGCUUGUCACUACUCAUCGAAGAGUCGCAUGUGAGAGAGCUCGUCCUAUGCUCAAAUCUUCCAUCGCCAACACGGACCACCGUCUGAGUCUCCCAUCGCCACGUCUGCCCACCGAAAUAUGCGACUACAUACUCGAUUACCUAUGGGACGACCAUAAGACCCUCAAGGUCUGCAGCCGCGUCACGCGAGAAUGGCUCCCCAGGACACGGAAACAUCUUUUUCAUUCCGUCCGGAUGUUCAGCAAUCUGCGGCGCGUCACCUUUGAGGAUGUGAUUCUGCACUCGGGAGAUGCGGUGGCGCUCUGCAUCCGCAAGUUGGUGAUGAUUUGGGACCUCAACGAAGAGGUCCUUUUAUUCCCGAUUCCCGCCUCCAUGCCUCGAAUGCUGGCGUCUCUCGGCCGGCUGGAGGAGCUCACCCUCUGUGUUUCCACGUGGGACGAUUGUUACUUCUCCACGGAGACUAUAACGUGGCCGGUACUGCCCGCGGUGAAGGCUCUUUACCUGCAAAUGCUCAUCGUUAACGACGUCGUAAGCCUGCAGCAAUUCAUCUGCGCAUGCCCCUCGCUCUCCUCCCUGAAGCUCGAGAUAAGACGAGCCUCAAAGUGCGACAGCUCGCGCACCCAUCCUCCAACGGUCAUCCCGAGAUCGAUAGUGAUCGAGACUUUCCAAUGCGACAUCCGCGAGUCAGGCCCCAUACUCAGAUGGCUGCUGCAGGGCGGCCUGAAGCUGCGCAUACGUCGACUGGCGAUUAAUGUACCCGGCAGUAUUUGGGUCCCGGUCAAUUUUCUUAGGACAGGCGGCGCUGAAGGCCUGUUGCACGCAUGUGGUGAAUGUCUGGAGUAUCUCAUUGUCGGGUUGUCAUCCCAGAUCUCCCCUGGUUCGCUAGAUGGCCAACAAGGUUCGGUGCUGGCGCACAAUCCGAACCUGGUCUCCGUCUAUGUCCUGGACGUGUUCUGGUCGUUCCCCAGUGGCUGGCCGAGUCUGCUCUCAAUCCUGGCUGACAUCCAGCCAAUGCACACCAGGCUGCAAUCGAUCGACAUCACGUUGCUUACAACAGGAGAGUCGGAUAUCACAAGGAUGCUUUGUGAGCAGCUUGAUGCCGCCCUGGCGCGAAUUGUGGAAACCCACCCGCAGUUGAUCUUCACCGUAUGGAUAACCAGCAAUCUUGACGUACCCGCGCCAUGGCUGGCAGAGGUCGUCAAAGUGCUUUUGCAUGGCUUGGUCAGGGUGCAGGUGGGACGGGGCAGACUCUGUUUGAUGUGGCUGAACGGUUACGGUGAGAUCAGAGAGUUCGGUCGCGGUAGGAUGCCGUCCUGGUGUUCGCUGUGAUGAUGUGGCAGGGCUCGUUCAUUCAUCUCUCCUCCUUGGCAACACCUUCCAUGUACACCACCCUUUCGGACUUUGCUUGUUACGCGCUUCGGGUA